AUGUUUAAUUGCGAUCAGUGUCCGUCAGUUUUCACCAUGAAACACAAUUUUGUCGCACAUCAAAAAAAACAUAUGGGUGUACGUUUUCCGUGCACUGCUUGCCCAUUAACAUUCACAUACAAAACCGGGCUCAACAAACAUACGAAGAAUAUACAUGGUAUCGUAAACGUUCCGGCUCAUUUGAGACCAAUACCCGCUGCGCCGAUCAUCGCUCAACCAGCACGACCAAGCGUCAUACAGUUCGGGCCUCUUGCCGCUCCGCAGGGAGAUAUUCAAAUCGCGCCGCAAAUAUUUGUACCAGAUUUCCCGGCCGGUGGAUCGAAUGCGGUAUCCGACGACGAUAUUAUAUGUAUGAACGCAAUGGACGAAUUUGAGGAUACAGUAGUAAUCUACAGAGGCAGCGAAGACAGGACGGACGUGGCGAGACAUUUCAUGGAGGAAGAUGAACCUGACGAUGAAUGGCCUGAACUCGACUAUGAGGUAGAUGACAGAGGACGACGAUGGAGUAAACUGGAUAAAGAGUUUAUGAAAGAGCUUCUUUGUUACACAACUAAAUAG